UAUGGCUCCUUCUCUGGCCCAGGCCUAUCGUAGGCGGUGGUGGAUGGCGGUGACUGCGGUCAUAGAGAACCUGCUGUUCUCUGCUGUGCUGCUGGGCUGGGGAUCACUACUCAUCAUGCUCAAGAAUGAGGGCUUCUACUCACACCUCUGCAUAAACAAUGAGACAGUGUUCAGUAACAUCAGUUCGUGGGACAGUGGUAUCUGGCAUAGCUGCGUGGACCAGGAAGAGAUGUUGAAUCUGGGCUUUACCAUUGGCUCCUUCCUGCUGAGUGCAGCCACUCUGCCGCUAGGUAUCCUGAUGGACAAGUACGGGCCCCGCCCACUCCGCCUCCUCGGCAGUGCGUGUUUUGCUUUCUCUUGUGCCAUGAUAGCCGGAGCUGCCUAUAACCCUGAAGUACUCUCGGCCCUCAUUUUCAUCGCAGUCUCCUUCAACGGCUUCGGAGGAAUCUGCCUCACCUUCACCUCCCUCACGUUGCCCAACAUGUUUGGGAACGUGCUCACUAUCCUGUCUCUAAUGAUGGCUCCUACGCCUCUUCAGGCCGUCACCUUCCCCGGAGUCAAGUUACCCCCGCCCCUCCCCUUCUUUCCCCUGACAGGUGGCCCUCCGUUCCGUAGUUCAGUCUGCUCGCCCAUCUUCCUGUGGAGUCUCAUCACCAUGGCGAUGACCCAGCUACGCAUCAUCUUCUUUAUGGGCGCCAUGAACAAGAUGCUGGAGUUCCUGGUUACCCACGGCGACCCACACCCCUCUAAGGAUCUAUUGAUGGAGGCAGAGCAACAAGUGGGUUUCUACUCGUCAGUGUUUGGCUCUCUGCAGCUGCUCUGCCUGCUCACCUGUCCUCUGAUUGGCUACAUCAUGGACUGGAGGAUGAAGGAGUGCGACGUAGACCAGAGCCAACCGGAACCCCCGAAGAGAGACAAGAAGAUCCAGAAACUGACAAACGCCAUCCGCGCUUUCAUCAUCACCAACGUUCUACUGGUCACCUUCGGAGUCAUCCAGAUGAUAGACAACAUGCCUGUACAGAUAAUUUCCUUCAUCGUCCACACCAUGGUCAGAGGUUUCGUCCACUCCUGUGCUGGAGGACUCUAUGCUGCCGUAUAUCCGUCCAAUCACUUUGGGACAUUGACGGGGAUGCAGUCGAUGAUCAGCGCGCUAUUCGCUCUCCUCCAGCAGCCUCUCUUCGUCAUYAUGGUGGGACACCUGGGAGGAGACCCCUACUGGAUCAACCUGAGCCUGCUCAUUGCCUCAUUGGCUGGAUUCCUGUUGCCCGGAUACCUGAUCUAUCACCGUAGGAACCUGAWGCGAGAGAAGGUGGAGGAGUUUGAGAAGGAGACCGCUACCCAAUCAGAAAGAGAGAGACAAACCUUGCAACAAUCAGAAAAUGGCCAUACCAAAAACCAUACUAAUGGACAUCUCAGCAAUUAAGCUUAAUAAUCUUGACCAAACUAACUGUCAAAUAUCAUAGUCGUUAAUUGUAAAAUAUCAUUAUAGACCAUCGUCAUGACGAUGACAAAUGAUGGUUGUCGUUUUCGACAAGGACAGUGAUGACGAUAUUGUGCACUGGAGUUUGGACGUGUCGACCUUAAGCCCUUUUUAAUUUGACAUCAAAAUACACACUCAAUAUACUCAUUUUUGUUUUAGGUAUGACAUGCCAAAGAAAUCCUAAAAUAUACAUUUAACUAAUAUUUAUUUGAGUUAAAAACAUGUCAUGCCUAAAGGUGAAAUCUCAAUGGAAUUUAAUAAUUAAGCAAUAAUAUUUACGCUGACCAAAAAUAUACAUUUACGCUGACCAUGAAGGUCAAUGGUACCAUUUCAGGUCACCCUUCCACCAACCAGAAGCACAGCUCUCWGUAUUCUGUAGUAGACAGGAAGUGGAUCUCUUUCGCUAUCAGAUUGGCUGGUGUAACAUUGAACUACCUCCCCCACCCAACUCUCACCACAGUCACUUCAUUCAUUUAGGCCUAGCAGCCAGUCUGGCAGUAAUAUUUUAUUGGUCAUUGUUUGUUUGUCUUUCUGUCUUUCCCGGUUCCCUCCCUGUAUCUAUACUUGUCUUUAUUGUGUCUUUACACCCAGCGGAGAAUAGGAGGAGACAAAGUGGGAAUGGUUAAGGGGAACCGCAGUUUCCCCAUACAUGUGUCUAGACCACCAGCCCAUGGGGCCUGCACAUUCCUAUUACUUUGACUAUCCAUCUGCACCUGCAAUCUUUCCCCGYGUCCCCUUAUUUAUGUCCAUGCCAGACCUGUCAUUGUAAGUCCACUAAGUACUAUGCCCACUUGGUCAAGUCUGCGGCUAUGUCUGAAAUGGCACCCUAUUCCCUAUAUAGUGCACUACUUUUGACCAGAGCCCAUAGGGUACAAUUUCAGACACAUCCUGGGUCACUACCUCUAUGUCCCUGUGUUCAUCCCAGAGUUAGUAUUUAAAUGACUCCGUGCAUCACAAUGUGUCCACCUGAAAUGUGUGAUGGUCCCAAAUGGCACCCUAUUCCCUAUUAUGUGCACUACUUUUGACCAGGGCUCAUAGGGUCUGUUUGUUUGGUCAGACUUUGAUGGUCCCUCUGUUUUUGCGUUAUUUGAUCUUUAGGGCUUGCGCCCCAAAUGGCACCCUAUUUCCUAUAUAGUGCACUACUUUUGACCAGAACCCUAUGGGCCCUGGUCAAAAGCAGUAUACUACAUAGGAAAUCGGGUGCCUAUUGGGACAGAACCUAGGUUUUGAGAUGACAUCAUCACCCGUUGUUAUUUCAGCCAAUCAUAGCUAAGUUCAGGACAGUGGUACGGUGUUGUGCAGGCACAGCCUAGUUUGUAACAAAAUGUAUGGAAUUUUGUUUUUAGAUAAUCAUGUUAUUGAACGUUUUGCAUAUCAUAAAAUUGGAACGUGAAAUGUCUGUGUAGUUAAAGAGAAAUGCCAAUCGGUACCUAUCACCGAAACCUUUAAGGUGAGCUGUUACACAUKAGCUUUUACAGAGAGCUGUAGAUUAGUUUAAAAGAAAAGUACUUAUAUAAAUGUGGGCAAGAAAGAGCACUUGUCAAAAGCUGAUUCAAUCUGGUCAACCAGCCCACCAACCAACCAUCUUGUAAUGUUAAAAUGUGUUUACAGUUAACAGUACUGUAUGAGAUAAAAUAGAUGUACAGAUGUGUUGCUCAAAUCAACUCCAAAAGCUGGUUGAAUCUGAUCAACCAACCGUCUUCAGUAUUUAAAAACAAUACAUUAUUUACAGUUAACAGUACUGUAUGAGGUAAAAAAAAAAAACAGUAUUUACAGUUAACAGUAUUGUAUUUGGUCAAAUAAAACAGUUUUGUUAGUUAACAGUUACUGUAUGAGGUCAAAUAAAACAGUUUUGUUAGUUAACAGUUACUGUAUGAGGUCAAAUAUAACAAACAGUAUUACUAGUUAACAGUAAUGUAUGAGGUAAGAUGGAUGCACCUGAACCCCAAUAUCACUGUCCCCAUGACAACGACAGUAGAAUCACCUCAUUGGAGCAGGGCUUCAUUUAGCAGGUGCAUUGUAGCUACUGGGCUAUUUAUUUCGUGUCCAUCCCACUAAAUCCCUAUGUCGGGUAUGGGGUGCCAUUUGUGAUGGAGACCGUGUGUGACGGAAUCUGAAAGAUAAUACUGUAAUGUAUGUAUGUAAUGAUAUGUAAUUAAUUGAAUGUGUGUGCUUUAUUGUAAGUGCCUGGGAAGCAAGUAUUUCUGUGGUAGCCUGGUCUCAGAUCUGUUUGUGCUUUUCCCAACUCUAUUGCAAGACAAACAUUGCAUGACAAUAAGUGAAAAGGAGUUGACAUGAUUGCACAAACAGACUGGCACUCUGGCUACUUUUGUGCAAUGUAGUGGUGGUAUGUGUAGUACCUAUAGUGUCUGAAUUGCACUAUGAGAAUGUAAAGCCAUAUUUUUGCUACAUAUGCAUGUUGAAUGUUUUCUCAUCUUUUUAAGACUCGAGAGUUGCUUUGCUUUAUUUUGAGCAUCAAAAAAAGGACAGUUGGUUCAUCCACAUCACAGUUGCUCUCCAACUAUGCCUCUCAAGAGUAGAAGUGGUGAUCUAGGAUCAGUUUAGCCUUUUAGAUCAUAAUGAAUUAGAUAAAUGGACAGGGGGGACCUGAUCCUAGAUCAGUACUCCUACUCUGAGAUGCUUUAUGAUUACAUGCCCAGAACAUGGGGCAACUUUCACAAACUGUAUUUCCACCUCUGUGUUUGAGAACAUUCAUUAUUAUCACUGAUCUUAUUACAUUUGUAGUAAUAAGAUCAUAUUAUGCGUGGCAAUGUGGUGAAGAGAAUGUAAGAGGAUCCAAAACAAUGUAUUAUAAAUAGGCUUUGAAUAGAAAAURUCAUAUUUAAAGACAUGCUCCGGAACUUUGACGACUAGUGAGUAUUUUUUCAACCUCCCGCUUAGGGUUGGAUGYGUCMAUGUKUAGUUCAUACAUGCCUAAUUACUGUCUUACUUCAUUAGCCACGAAAUCCCAAGUUUGAAGGCGACUGUUUUCUGGAAUCUGUGUGGCGCCAUUUUCCCUACAUUUGGGCCAGCCCCCAGGUGGGCCAGCCCCUCGUCAGGUGGGCCAGCCCCUCGUCAUUUGAGUGACAGCUAGCAGGAUGCAAACACAGCAGAGAGAGAGAGAGAGAGAGAGAGAGCAAUGACGUGGUGCACAUAUCUGCACAUAUGUGACGAACAGUAGUACGUCAUUUCCGGGGACCACUUUUGGCUCGUGGUCAUUACUUUCAGAACUACUGGCUAAAAAGUAUACAAAGUACCGGAGAAUCUCUUUAAGUGGUUUUACUGAUGUUCUGGGGCACUUCUCUUUGUGAAGUAAUAAAUGAACAGAUUUCAACUUG